AUGUUCCCAGAUCACCCUAUGAAACACAAACAAGUAAGAAAAGAGCCAGCCAACACAGAAGAACCAACCAGCACAGUACAAGCACCAGCAUCAUUGGUGAAGGGCAAGUGCAAACAUGCUAAUAGUGUGGUAGAAGUCCGGAAAGCAUUGAAUGUGAGCAAAGUUCAACCAUCAGAGGCACUGCAUCAGCAUGAAGUUAAGAAGGUCAAGUUAACACCUAAGCUUAGCAGGACUUAUUCUGCACCAAAUCCACUUCAAAUCUUUGGUAAAAAGCGCAGCAAUCCCAAGGUCAAGAAUGGUACUGCUGAAUCAGAUCCUGGAGACCUAGAUGAAGAUGGUGAAGACUGUGAUGAACAAGAUAGCCUAGAUGAUGAGGAUGAGGAUGAAGAACUUGUGGAUCUUGCUGUUGAAAAUUUUGGUGAAGAAGGAGUGCAAUGGAACCAGAAGAGUACAUCAAAUCAAGUCAACACAGCACUUGACGAUGAGUCAGAGGACGAACAAGACUCAAUGGGGCUCGAGAAAGCAACUAAAAUUAUGCCACAUUUCGCUGAUGACACAGAGCAGAAGCCUCUUACCACACUCGUGGUCAGUUCAGGUGCCUCAGAUACUGCAAGCCUCAACAGAACUACCAGUGUGUGGUUGCCAGACAUGGAUCUACAGGUGACUGUUCGCGGGAACUCUCCGUUUAUCUCCAUCAAACUGCAGUCGGAGAAGGAUGAUGUUGAUCUCACCAUUGACAAUGUCUUUGCAAUGACCACUGCAUUCGCAACUUGUGGUACUGAGACACUGGCCUAUGAAGCUCUCAUCGAGUCAGCUGAUCAUGAAGGUUAUACCAGGGACAAUGACAUGGCUGAAUGCCUUCUUAGUGACUCGUGGGCUCAGUAUGCCAAGCUGCUCAUAGAUUAUACUACAUGCCGCAUUCACCUCUGCUGCAAUCAGUUUAAGAAGGCAGUCAGUGUAGUUGUCACAAGUGUUCUCAAUCUUGCGACAAAUUCCGCAGCUCAGAACUCGUUGCUCUUAGAAGACAUCAACUAUAUCUACCCUUGGUCAGUAAAGAAAAACAAGUAUGAAACCUCAAAGCCAUUCCAGGCUGAAGUGAUCAAAGAGGGUGUUCAAGCCGGCUUCUUCGUUGCCAACCAAUAUGACGAUCUUGGCAUCAAAUUUUCUUACCUACUUUCAUCUUCACUCUCCACAGCUCCAGAUGAGUUGGAGGUUGUCAACCACAUGAUAGCCAGUGUUGCUACUGCAGUUGAAGCUUGUAUCCUGGAUUUUACCAUUGGAAAGAGCAGCAAAUUUGUUGGGCCGAGUCACGACAACACAUUCAAAGCACACAUGCUCCUCCUCCUCACUAUGAAGCAGAAGAAGCCACUUGAGUAUCACAAGCUAACUCACAGCAUCUAUCGUGCUGUUAUUGGCAUGCACAGUGUUGGGUCUGCCUGA